CUUUGACAUCUACAUUGCGCGCGAGGUUUAUGGAAACUCAACAUUUACAAACUGAUUUUUUUUUUUUUUGUGCAAAAUACGUGGGGCUCUAACAGACCUAUUUGAAGGGACAUUAAUCAUUGGAAUAAAGAGCCAGUAUUUAAACAAAUUCUAAACGUUUAAUUGACAUGUCACUUUCACUUUCCCUGUAAAUAAAAGGAAAAAGACAUCAUUUACAGCGGGCAAUUUAGCGAAAUGAGGAAUGACGAAUUGUGGAAUGAGGAAGAGACAGGAGUUGACGAUUCUGCCUGUACCAUUUGCGUGGACCAUUCUGUUUCCCAGGACUCGAGUAGACAGAUGAUGAUCUCGAAGAAGUCAGACAAGUCUCCCGCUGAAACGUAAGUUACAAUUUUAUCUAGUACAGAUGUAAAGUUAAAUGCAGGUGCCACAGUUUCCUUUGAGGCUUAUCAUCACGUUUUGGAUUCACCUGUUACUCACACGCUCUCUAUGCACAAUUCAAUAUAUUACAUUAGCUAUCUCUUUGCCUUCUCUAAACUUGUUUGACUUUAUCUGUAUUUUUCCAAGUCAAUCGUAUUGAAAUUUGUGAUCAAUUUUGGAUUGUGUUCAUACAUUUCCCUUUUUGGUGAUACAUUUAUUUUUAUUCCUUGACAUCACAGAGGAAAUGAGAGUAAAUCAUGUGAGUGUGGCAUGAUGGUGGCAGACUUGAAGCUGUGCCUGUGUGCAUUUUUAGACUUGAUUUUCCCUAACAAAAUAUUUAACACCCCUACUGAAAUGUCCAUUAAUUAUAAUCCACAUAAUAAUUCACAUUUCCUAUUGCUGCAAGAUUAUUUUCCUGCUGUAGCAAACUGGCUCAAAUUAAGAUCCUACAUCUGUAUGAGUGCCCGGCAGCUGGUCCUGAGGCAGAGAGCAGAGCUGCUGCGUGCCCUGUGCUGUGGUGGCUCUUCUGAGGGUCUGGAGAGUGUAUUGGACCUACUCCUGUCCUGGGGCAUGCUGUUCUGGGAGGACUACCAGAAUGUACUGGUACCAUGCCGUGGUCUGUGUGCCAACACAAGGGUGCUACUAGAUCUGGUGUACACCAAGGGAGAUGAGACCUGUCGACUGCUUCUGGCUGCUUUCAAACAGGUCCUCCCUGAGGCCCAAAGAGCUGGCCUCUCUUUUGGAAACUGUCGUACUGCCAAUCUAGAAAAUACAAGAGAUGAUAGAAAAGAACUACAUGGUACAGCUAUCCAGACCCUCCAGACAGACAGGCCUGAUCUGGUGAGGAGGCUAAGGGACCAUAUUGAAGGAGCUCUGGAGGUCCUGCUGCAUACGGGCAGCUUUACACCAUCUGAUUGCGAUGAAGUGCAGCUAACUGUGUACACCCCCUCACAACAGGCAAGGCGUCUACUGGACCAAGUCAGAUCAAAGGGGGAGCCUGCAGCAAAGGUCCUACUGCAAUACUUUCAGCAAACAGAGGACCAUCCCCCACCAUCUAACCAAGAGGCUCCUCCCAAAGAGUGCUUGUCCUAUCAGAAGAAGCUGCGCAGCACUGUGUCGGCCCAGUCACAUUUCCUCAGAACGUAUGGAGGAACCAGCAGUCUGUCUCUAGAAGACAUCUACACAGAGGGUCAGCUGGAGCUUGCCCAGGGUGGCAGUGAGGCCCAGCCCCAGACUGGUGCUCUGGGGCUGGAGGACGUGGUGGGCCUGGUGGGCACCCUGAACCAGGAGGCUGACACUGUGCUAGUCUCUGGGGAGGCAGGCAGUGGGAAGAGCACCCUUCUCCAGAGGCUGCACCUCCUUUGGGCCAGGGGGGCGGCUCUACAUGAUUUCUUCCUCCUCUUUUCCUUCAGCUGCCGCAGGCUGAGCUCGGAACAGAGGGAGCUGUCUCUCAGAGAGCUGCUGUUCCUGCACUGCUGCUGGCCGGACGGGGACCAGGACCGAAUCUUUCAGUUCAUCCUGGACCAUCCGCACCUCAUCCUCUUCACCUUCGACGGCCUGGACGAGCUCAUGCAGAGCUUCUCGGACUCAGAGCAGAGGCACUGCUGCCCCACCCAGCGUGCCCCCGUCCCCACCCUGCUCUUCAACUUGCUGCAGGGAUCCCUCAUGAAGGGGGUGAGGAAGGUGGUGACCAGCCGGCCAGAGGCAGUGGGUCCCACCCUGAAGCGGUACCUUCGCAAGGAAGUCUUCUUGAAAGGCUUCUCGCCUGGCGGGAUCGACUGCUUCGUGAGGAAGUAUCAUCGCGACCCGACGGUGGCCACCAGGGUCCUGGAGUGUCUACGAAGCAACACAGCUCUACUGGGCCUGUGUCACAUCCCGGUUUUCUGCUGGAUUGUGUCCAAGUGUUAUAAGGAGCUGCUGGGCUGUGGAGAGGGAGAGGGCAGUCCCCAGACCAUCACAGAUGUUUACCUCAUGAUCCUGCAGCACUUAUUCCAGCGCCGGGCCUCUCAGAGGAACACGAUGGGGAUAGGAUGGGUGCAGGAGCACCAGGAUACUGCCCUGCAUCUGGGGCAGCUAGCCAUGGAGGGCCUGGGGGCCUCCUGUUACAUCUUCACAGGCACAGAGCUACAGAAGUGUGGGGUGACCGAGGAAGAUAUCUGCAUGGGGUUCCUCAUCCGUAGUAAAGACCUCUCCUCCUCCACUAACUGCAAACACUACGAGUUCCUGCACAUUACCAUGCAGUGCUUCUUUGCUGCUCUCUACAUUGUACUGAACAAUAACUCGGACCGCUCCACCAUCCCUAAGCUCUUUCAGCCGCAGGACAGGCAGCAACAGCCUGGCUUUCACAGGGCGUGUCUGGGGCACUGCUUGACCCAACAAGAAGGGGCCUUGAAGGAGGCCAAUAAGGCAGCAGAGACCCCCAACCUCCAGAUAACAGCUACUUUUGUGUCUGGGCUCUUGGCUCAGCGCCACCGUAGCCUGCUGCUCCUCUCCUGCCCUGGGCCCACUCUGGACAGGAAGUCCAAGCAGGUGGUGACGUGCCUGUCCAAAGGCAUGCAGAAGCACUUUAAAUCCAUCCCUCGGCCCGUGGAGGGGGAGAAGAAGAGCAUGCACGCCAUGCCGGGCUUCGUGUGGCUCAUCAAGUGCAUCCAUGAGAUGCAGGACAGCAGGAUCGCCAGAUACACUAUGGCUAAGCUAGAGGUGGAACACCUGAAGCUGACCUAUUGUAACAUAGGCCCUGUGGAGUGUACUGCACUGGCCUACGUGCUCCAGCACCUUAGGAACCCUGUGGGGCUUCAGCUAGACUACAACUAUGUAGGAGACGUUGGCGUGGAGCAGCUGCUGCCUUGCCUGCAUGUAUGCCACUCUGUAUACCUGAGACACAAUAACAUAUCAGAUGAGGGAAUUCGUAAAUUGAUUGAAAAAGGCAUCCAGUGUGAGCGCUUUCAGAAGAUUGCGCUCUUCAACAACAAGCUAACUGAUGCCUGCACAGAGUGCUUCGCUCACCUCCUGAAGAUGAAACAGAAUUUUCUCUCUCUAAGGCUGGGAAACAAUAACAUCACAGCAGCAGGGGCAGGGCAACUGGCGGAGGGACUGAGGUUCAAUCGGUCACUACAGUUCUUGGGGCUUUGGGGAAAUAAAAUUGGUGAUAAAGGUGCAGAGGCCAUUGCCAAUGCUCUCAAAGACAGCCAAACCUUGGUGUGGCUCAGCCUGGUAGACAAUGGUGUUGGCAAUGCAGGAGCAUGUGCUCUUGCCCCACUCAUCAAGAACAGUACGCUAGAGGAGCUGUGGUUAACCAAAAACUGCAUCACAAGAACAGGUGUGGAGUGUCUAAUACUGGCUCUUGAAAGCAACACUAGUGUGAAGGCAGUGUGGUUGAGAGGUAAUGAGCUCAGCCCAGAAGAGGUGGAGGAGAUGACACAGCGGGAACCCAGGCUUACAUUCUGAUGAUGCCAAGUGCUGGUCAACUAUACUGGAGUAUUAUUGUUUACAGCCAUGUGUAUGUCUGUUUGUAAUUUAUGUAACUUCUUCAGUAGCAUUUCCCUUAAAAUGGUAGUUGUGUUAUUUAUAGGUUAUUAUAUGUUUUUACGUACAUUAUGGAUCAUGUUGGAUGUGAUGUUCUCUAUGAUGUAAACAGUGUGGGCAA